CCGCCCCGUGCGCGAUGACGUCAGACGGCGUACCCUGUGCGCGAUGACGUCAGGCGGCGUGCCCCUGCGCCGCAGCCGAGGAGACCCCGCAGCGCUGCCAACGCCCGGCGGAGGCUGAGGUUCUCGUUGGAGUCGCUGUUCUCGUAGCCUUCAGCCAUGCAGACGAUCAAGUGCGUAGUCGUGGGCGAUGGCGCUGUUGGUAAAACCUGUCUCUUAAUUUCUUACACAACAAAUAAAUUCCCAUCGGAAUAUGUACCAACGGUUUUUGAUAACUAUGCUGUAACAGUGAUGAUCGGAGGAGAGCCUUACACCCUAGGCCUCUUUGACACCGCAGGUCAGGAAGACUAUGAUAGAUUACGACCCCUCAGCUACCCGCAGACAGAUGUCUUUCUGGUCUGUUUUUCAGUGGUGUCUCCUUCUUCAUUUGAAAAUGUGAAAGAAAAGUGGGUACCUGAAAUUACUCACCACUGUCCAAAGACUCCUUUCCUGCUUGUUGGGACCCAGAUUGAUCUAAGAGAUGAUCCCUCAACAAUUGAGAAACUUGCCAAGAACAAGCAGAAGCCCAUAACUCCAGAGACGGCUGAAAAACUGGCCCGGGACCUGAAGGCCGUCAAAUACGUGGAAUGCUCUGCGCUUACGCAGAAAGGCCUAAAGAAUGUAUUUGACGAAGCGAUAUUGGCUGCCCUGGAGCCUCCGGAGCCGAAGAAGACUCGCAGGUGUGUGCUGCUAUGAGCGUCCCUCCAGAGCCCCUUCCGCAGAGCUGGUGUUUGAUGUCGUACUAAAAGCAAUGUUUAAAUCAAACUAAAGAUACCAAUUUUAAGAUUUGUUUUUGCAAUAAUGACAAACGCCCUGCACUCCUGUCUCCCCACACGGCCCCUGUGUGAGAUGAGAAUGUUAGUGUCUUCCCCAAUGCCCCCAGUUCAGUUAAACUAGUUAAUUUUGAGUAAUUGUCUUACCAGGAAACACUGAUCAAUACUAGGUUUUUAUUUUGUUUACUGUUUCUAAUGUUUUGGUUUAAAAUCCAGGCAUGCUUGUGCUGACUUUUCUGUAAUAGACUAAUUCCAGGCUGGUUUACUGCAGCCUUGGCCCUCGCACCAGUCUGGCCAGACUGGGUUCUGUUUUCCAGAGCCGCUGGGGCUGCUCUGAGCCAGCCAGCAGCCUGGGUGUGGACAGAACCUGCACAGAGACAAACACAGGCAAGGAAAACAUCCCCACCUGGUGCUCCUCUAAGGAGGAGUGUGCAAAACUGAUCUGCAUCUCCUCUGAAGUUGCCUUGUAUCCCUUUCCCUGGCUUUCCACUGUACAGGUCAGAAAUUCCUGCCCCAUCCUCUAAAUUAUGAAGCCUUAGAAAUAGGAGAAUCCUUUUCUCUGGUUGCACCAUCUGACUUGAAACAAAUUUGCCGGUCUCUUCCUUAAUCUUGACAGCAGAAGCUGUUGUCAUGUGAUGGAGGCAGUUGAAGCACACCUGACUGAGUUGGUGGGCUGUGAACAAACCCAUCUUCUGCCAAUCCUUAAUCAUUAGAGAGACGCUUACAGUGAGCAGCACCUAUGCUGCUGUUUGGAUGCUCUGAAAGGACAUGGUGCACGUUAGGAUGAGUUCUGGAGCUGGUCCUGGUGGUGCAUCCCUUGCUGGGGAGGUGGCCUCCUUCAGGGAGGGGUGGAAAGACCGACCUGUGUCAGUGGGAGCCGUGGGGAGGGUUUCUGGUGGUGCUUGAGGCACCAUGCAGGACCCAGGGAAGGGAAUCCCCUUGUUCUGCGUUUGGCUUGUAAGUCACCCUGCAGUGUGGGAUGGGCUUGUGCUCAUGGAGAGCUGGGGGUAGGGCCUUCUCGGCGCCCAAUGGCAGCGUCGGAGGGCUUGUACCAAAACCAGAGUUUGGCUUGCAAAUUCAAAGUUUUUUAGGACUUAAUCUUCUCCAUCUUCCAAAAUUCCAAUUCCUUGUAGACUCAUUAGUGUCAAACCAAUGCUUUUCCGUGUCUAAGUUCUUUGUAUAUGCAUUCUUUUCAG